AUGGGUGUUGGACGUCGUAUGAAGAAACAGGGCCCUCCUGAGCCUCUAUCGGAAGAACACUUCGCCAACCUCAAGCGGAAAAAGGGUCUGCCCGUUGACGAUGCCCCCGUCGAGGCCCCCUCGAGCAAGAAGCGCCGAACGUCUACCAAGCUCGAGAAGCCUGCUAAGGCCCGCCGUGAGGAACCUUCCAAGAACGGCGUGGCAUCGAAGUCCUCGGGCAAACAAGCCAAUGGCACCAAGAAUGGCCCCGUUGCAUCAGUAAAUAGCCGCAAAUCUGGCAAGGUAAAGCCGAAGAAAGUACCUGCGCCGGAAUCAGGAUCGGACGAGGAUGAGGAGAUGGACGAUGAGUUCGGCGCUUCCGACUUGGAGGAUGCCAGUGACUCUGAGCUGGAAGAGAAGCUUGGUGACGACUUCCUUGGUUCCGAUGACUCCGUCUACGAUUCCGAGCAGGAGGGCGCCAAGAAGGAGAAGUUCGUCUUCUCUGAUGAUGAGGAUGAUGAUGAGGACCGGGAGGAGAAAUUGACAGCCGCCAACAUCGAGGGCCUGUCGAGGAAAUUGGACGAGAAAUUAGCCAGGGAAGCAGCGGAAAACGAAGCGGAGCUGCGUGAGGAAGCGCUACAAACCAACAUUGACGGGGACAAGCCUCAUAUCCUCGGCGAAGAGGACGAGGCAGACGAGCUCUCGGCGAAGACGAAGGGUCUACUGGCACCUGAUCUCCAGAUGUUGAGGACCAGGAUAACGGAAACGAUUCGAGUGCUGGAAGACUUUACGAACCUCGCCGAGGAAGGACGGAGCAGGGCCGAGUAUACCAACCAACUUCUGAAGGACAUCUGCGCCUAUUAUGGAUACAAUGAAUUCUUGGCAGAGAAGCUCAUGAACCUGUUCCCACCCAGGGAGGCGUUCGCAUUCUUUGAAGCCAACGAAACGGCUCGUCCAGUGGUCAUUCGCACCAACACCCUACGCACCCAUCGCCGCGACCUUGCGCAGGCGCUCAUAAACCGCGGUGUUACACUGGAGCCAGUGGGCAAGUGGUCCAAAGUUGGUUUGCAAGUGUUCGAGUCAACUGUGCCGCUUGGUGCCACUCCCGAGUAUUUGGCCGGCCAUUACAUCCUGCAAGCCGCCUCCUCUUUCCUCCCCGUCAUGGCACUGUGCCCUCAGGAGAAUGAGCGUGUCCUCGAUAUGGCUGCAGCCCCCGGAGGCAAGACAACGCAUAUGGCAGCGUUGAUGAAGAACACCGGCGUCAUUUUCGCGAACGAUCCUAGCAAAGCUCGUGCCAAGGGUCUAAUUGGCAACAUCCACCGUCUUGGUGCGAGGAAUACCAUUGUCUGCAACUACGACGCCCGCGAGUUUCCUCGGGUGAUUGGUGGCUUCGAUAGAGUGCUGCUAGAUGCUCCAUGCUCCGGAACGGGCGUUAUUGCCAAGGACCCCUCGGUGAAGACCAACAGAGAUGAGAAGGACUUCCAACAAUUACCGCACACACAGAAACAACUGCUUUUGGCGGCCAUCGACUCGGUCAACCACGCAAGCAAGACCGGCGGCUACAUUGUCUACUCGACAUGUAGUGUUGCGGUUGAGGAGAACGAGCAAGUCGUCAACUACGCACUCAGCCGUCGCCCGAAUGUGAAGCUGGUUGAGACUGGCCUACCCUUCGGCAAGGAAGGCUUCACGAGCUUCAUGGGGAAGACUUUCCACCCAAGCCUCAAGCUAACGCGCAGGUACUACCCACACCUAUACAACGUCGACGGGUUCUUCGUCGCCAAGUUCCAGAAGAUUGGCCCCACCCCAGGCAAUGCGGUGUUGGCCAACGGCAAGAAGGACCAGAAUGCUGCCAGCACCACAUCUGGCGACAGAGACGAAGAUGGUGUUGUCGACAAGACACCGAUCGGCGCCGAGGGAGAGGAUCAGGAGAAAGAUGAGGACGACUUCGGCGGGUUUGACGAUGAAGAGGAUGAGGAUUACAUCGAGAGGGCCAAGCGGAAUGCUAUGAGGAGACGAGGCCUGGAUCCCAGGGCACUCAAGAAGGGGCAGGAGAAGAAGGCUGCCGAGGAGACGGAGGCACGGAAGGAGACCGUAAAGGAGAAACCCAGUGACAAGGCUGGGGAAAAGCCGAAGGAGAAGGCUAAGAACAAGGUCAAGGAGAAGACAAAGGCCAAGGAGAAAAAGUAG